UGUAAUUUGAAUUCACAUUUUGAGUCCUGUAUUUGUCCAAUACGCCUUCGAAGUCAACUGUGCCACCCUUCCUGUAGCAAAUAGCCAGCAACCCAGAAUGGACUGGACUAACAAGAACCUCAACUGCAGCGACAACGAGUUUAAGUUCCCUGUGUUUGUGCGAGCAUACAGCGUCAUUCUGAUCCUCGGCCUCAUCGGGAACACUGUGGCCCUGUACGUCUUUUUGAAGUUGACUCAGCACAAAACAGCGAGCACAGUCUUCAUGAUCAACCUGGCCAUUUCGGACCUGUUUUUCACUCUGACGUUACCAUAUCGAAUUACCUACUACGUCCAACAUGACUGGAACCUCGGCUCCUUCCUCUGCAGGAUCACCACCUAUGCCUUCUACGUGAACCUCUACUCCAGCAUCUUCUUCCUGAUGGCCCUCAGCAUCUUCCGUUACAUCGCCAUCCUGCACCCGAUUUGGUCCCGGAGCACAGUCACCGUGAGGAGAUCCCUGUGGGUCUCCCUCGGGAUCUGGAUCUUUGUCGGCUUGGUCUCUGUCCCCUUCCUCCUGGCAGCCUCCAAGUGCGAGAACGGGACCUGCCGCUGCUUUGAGCCAUCAAACAUGUCAUGGUCCCAGAUCCAGAAGAUGAACUAUUUUGCGUUUGUGGUUGGUUUCCUCAUCCCAUUCCUCACCAUCCUCGUUUGCUACGUUCGCAUUAUCCACCGCCUGAUGGGCUUGGCCAGCACAAUGCGGACGAAUGGACGUAGCCGUAGGAAGUCCAUGUACAUGAUCAUCAUCGUGCUGUCCUCCUUCCUCUUCUGCUUCCUGCCGUACCAUGUCAUACGGACUGUUCACCUCCAUUUCAUGGUGCAGGGGGGCUGCGGUGCCACUGCCUGGUUUUUGCAGAGAGCUAUCGUGGUGACCAUCUGCCUGGCUGCAGCCAACAGCUGCCUCAACCCCCUCCUAUACUACUUUGCUGGCGAGAAUUUUCAAAAUGCCCUCAAGACCUCGACGAUCCUCAAAUCAAGAUCCGCAUCCUCGGGCAGCGUCGUGUUCCUGGACCAAUCCCCGGUCACAGCGCCACCAAGCCCCAAUGACCACGACCCGCUAUCAGGCACGUGCCAGGAGCGAAACUGUUGA